UUCCCUCCUUUUAACAAAUAUCAAAACACAAACACAAACAAUCAAUGCAAACAUUCUCAAAACGAUCAAAGAACAACAUAUUAUCAUGAACAAGCUCUUGUUCUUCACCAUCAUCACCACCAUUAUCAUUGUUCUUACACCACAACAAGCAUUGAGCCACCACAAUGACACACAUGCACUCACCCUCUUCCGCCUCCAAGCCGACAUCCACGGCCACCUCCUCCCUAACUGGACCGGCGCCGACGCCUGCUCCUCGGCCGCGCCAUGGCGCGGAGUUUCUUGCUCCCCAAACAACCGUGUCACCACACUCUCCCUACCUUCCCUUAACCUUAGAGGACCCUUAACACCUCUCUCCUUCCUCACUCACCUUCGCUUUCUUGAUCUUCACGACAACCGUUUAAACGGCACCAUUGCACCUUUAAUCUCCAAUUGCACCAACCUCGUGCUUCUCUAUCUCUCCGGCAACGAUCUCUCCGGCGAGAUUCCACCGGAGAUAUCUUCUGUUGCCGGCCUCCUCCGCCUCGACCUGUCCGGCAACAACAUAGGUGGCAAGGUUCCAAAGGAACUGUUGAAUUUGACAAAGCUUCUUACUCUGAGGCUUCAAGACAAUGUGCUCAGUGGCUUCAUACCUGACCUUUCAUCUUCCAUGGAGAAUCUCAGUGAGCUCAACAUGACCAACAAUGAGUUGUAUGGAAAGUUACCUGACCAAAUGCUCAAGAAGUUUGGUGCUGAAAGCUUCUAUGGAAAUGAGGGUCUAUGUGGUGCAAGCCCACUACCUGUUUGUUCAUUUGCCAAUGAGAAUUCUCCUCCUAAUUAUGGUGGUGAAGAUGGUCAUGAUGAUGAUUUGGGACAAACUGUUCCUUCAAAUCCAAGCUCAAUGCCACAAACAAGUGAGGUUGCAAGGCCAGGAACACCACACCACCAUCAUAAAGGGUUAAGCCCUGGUGCCAUUGUAGCCAUUGUUUUGGCAAAUUGUGUUGCAUUGGUGGUGGUAACAUCUUUUCUUGUUGCUCAAUGUUGUGGAAGAGAAAGAGGGUCUAAUUCUGGUUCCUAUGUUGGAAGUGAGAGUGGUAAGAGGAAGAGUAGUGGAAGUAGUACUAGCGGCGGCUACGGCAGUGAAAAGAACAAGAACAAGAACAGGAACAAGAACAAGAAGGUUUAUGCAAAUGGUGUUGUUGUUAAUGGUGGUGGUGAUAGUGAUGGAACUAGUGGAAGUGAUGGAAGCAAGCUUGUGUUCUUUGAUAGGAGGAACCAGUUUGAGCUUGAGGAUCUGCUAAGAGCUUCUGCUGAGAUGCUUGGGAAGGGUAGUUUGGGAACUGUGUAUAGGGCAGUGCUUGAUGAUGGUUGCACUGUUGCAGUUAAAAGGCUUAAAGAUACAAACCCUUGUGUAAGGCAUGAAUUUGAACAAUACAUGGAGGUUAUAGGGAGGUUGAAGCAUCCAAACAUUGUUAGACUCAGAGCAUAUUACUAUGCUAAGGAAGAGAAGCUUCUUGUCUAUGAUUAUCUCCCCAAUGGAAGCCUCCAUGCUCUUCUUCAUGGGAACCGUGGUCCUGGAAGAAUUCCAUUAGAUUGGACCACAAGAAUAAGCUUGGUGUUAGGAGCAGCUAGAGGCCUUGCUAGGAUCCAUGCAGAGUAUAGUUCAGCCAAAGUGCCUCAUGGAAAUGUGAAAUCUUCCAAUGUGCUUCUUGACAAGAAUGGUGUUGCUUGCAUCUCAGACUUUGGUUUAUCCCUUCUAUUGAACCCUGUUCAUGCCAUUGCAAGGUUGGGAGGGUACAGAGCUCCGGAACAGGCCGAACAAAAGAGGCUGUCUCAGCAGGCAGAUGUGUAUAGUUUUGGUGUCUUGCUUUUGGAAGUCCUAACUGGAAGGGCUCCCUCAUCGGCUUACCCUUCCCCUGCUCGCCCUCGUGGUGGCCCAGACGACGAGGAAGAACUUGCUUUGGAUCUUCCUAAAUGGGUUCGGUCGGUCGUGAAGGAAGAGUGGACCGGUGAGGUGUUUGAUCAGGAGUUAUUGAGGUACAAGAACAUUGAGGAGGAGCUUGUUUCAAUGCUGCAUGUUGGGUUGGCUUGUGUGGCGCCGCAGCCGGAGAAGAGGCCAACGAUGGCAGAAGUUGCAAAGAUGAUUGAAGAGAUCAGGGUGGAGCAAUCACCCCUUGGAGAGGACUAUGAUGAAUCAAGGAAUUCACUUUCACCUUCCAUUCCCACCACUGAAGAUGGUAUAGCUUAAGUGUUAAGAGCACUUUUUAAUACCUAGUAUAUAUAAUUGAUGUCAUUGUAGAAUUAUUAGUUUAAGUAAGUAAAUUUCUCUGCUUCUCUUUC